AUGCUGACCAAAACUGUUGCCGCCGUUUCGGCGCUGUCACUCUUUGCUUCGUCUGCUUUGGCUGUUGAUGCCAGCUUAAAGAACAAUGUUGCUAUUUACUAUGGACAAGGUUAUGACCAGCCUCGUCUGAGCCACUUCUGUGACCAGACCUCUAACGAUAUCAUCAACAUCGGUUUCAUCAAUGUAUUCCCCGCCGGUGUGAACGACUGGCCCGGUAGCAACUUUGCCAACCAGUGCAAUGGAGAUGUAUACCCCGGCUCCGAGCUGCUCAAUGGCUGCUCCCAGAUCUAUGAUGAUAUCCCCUACUGUCAGAGCUUGGGCAAGACUGUCCUGCUCUCCAUCGGCGGUGGCACUGCCACUACCCAGUACCUCGAGGACGACGCGACUGGCGAAUGGUUUGCUGAUUUCUUGUGGUAUGCUUUCGGUCCUGUGUCAACAGACUUGGAUGUCCUCCUUGAAUACCCUCGCCCAUUCCAAACUGCUGUCGUUGAUGGAUUCGACUUUGAUAUUGAGUACAACGGAGGCGUUGGAUGGGCUGCCAUGAUUAACCGUCUGCGUUCUUAUUACGAGACAUACACCGACAAGAAGAUGUAUAUCUCCGGUGCCCCCCAGUGCUCUAUCCCCGAUCUUCAGCUCAGCGACGCUAUUAAGAACUCCUUCUUUGAUUUCCUCUGGGUCCAGUUCUACAACACCGAGGCCUGCUCUGCCCGCGCCUGGGUUGAAGGUGAAGAUGGCUUCAACUUCGACAAGUGGGUUGAUGUCAUCAAGGCUAGUGCCAACCCUGAUGCUAAGCUCUUCAUCGGUUUGCCCGCCUCCGAGGCCUCCGCCAAUGCCGGUUACUACUUGACCCCCUCUGAAGCCGCGCCCCUGAUCUCCACCUACAUGGAGAGCUUCCCCGAGCACUUCGGUGGUGUCAUGCUGUGGGAGGCCACUGCCAGUGACAACAACCUCGUCAACGGCCUCACUUACGCUGAGAACAUCCAGGACAUUCUGUACAGCUGUGCUCCUCGUACCGUCUCUUCCACCGUCGUUGCUAGCUCUACUGCCACUCCUGUCAAGUCUUCCACCGUUCCUCCCUCCAGCUCUGCUACCCCUACCAGCUCGCCUGCCAGCUCCCCCGCUGCUUCGUCCACUGUGUCGCCCUCGUCUGCUGCUCCUAGCACCACUCCUUCGUCGGCCCCCUCGAGCUCUGCUUCCCCCAGUGCCUCGGUGUCUCCCAGCUCCCCUGCUGGCACCGUUUCGCCUUCUGGAACUCCUUCUGUCACUCCCAGCUCCCCCGCUGGCACCGUGGCUCCUUCCUCCUCGGCGCCUGUCACUCCCUCCGGUACUCCUAGCUCCCCUGCUGGCACCGUUUCGCCCUCUGGAACUCCUUCUGUCACUCCCAGCUCCCCCGCUGGCACCGUGGCUCCUUCCUCCUCGGCGCCUGUGACUCCUUCCGGUACUCCCAGCUCUCCUGCCGGCACCGUGUCGCCUUCUUCUUCCUCCGCCGCCGUGUCUCCCUCCGUCUCCCCCAGCAAGCCUGCCUCCUCUGCUUCGCCCAGCAGCAGUGCUUCCAGCUCGGCUGCUUCCUCCACCGACUGCGAGAGCUCCGAGACCCCCUCGGCCCCUGCCACCGUCAAGCCUAGCUCUUCCGUCCCUGGCACUGUCAAGCCCAGCUCCACCCCUCUGACUGUCCAGCCUAGCUCUUCCAGCCCCGCUGCCUCGUCUACCGACUGUGAGACCUCCGAGACCGAGACCCCCGCUGCCAGCACCCCGGCCAGCAGCCCUGCCAGCAGCCCCGUGGCUUCUUCUGGACACCCCAGUCUCACUAUCACUGUGACUGCCUCCAGCACUCCCACUAAUGUCUCCCCUGUUGGCCCUGGUUCCCAGUCUGCCUCCAGCUCUACUCCUUUGGUCACUGGUCACUCUUCCAGCGUCGUUCCCAGUGGCUCUGCUUCCUCUGCCACUGAGUCUGGUGUCCAGCCUACUGGUGCCCAGUCUUCUGGUGCCGAGUCCACUGGCGUCUCGCCCACUGGUGCUCAGUCUUCCGGUGCUCAGUCUUCCGGUGCUCAAUCUUCCAGUGCUCAAUCUUCCGGUGCUCAAUCCACCGGUGCUCAAUCCACCGGUGCCCAGCCCUCUGGUGCUGAGUCCACUGGUGCCCAGUCUUCCGGCGUCCAGCCCACCGGCACUGACUCCACCGGAUCGUCUGCCCCCAGCACCAUCACGAUCCCCGUGACUCCCAUCCCCGUUGCCACCUCCUCUGCUGAGACCAUUACCACCGUGAUCGUCACCUCCUACACCAGCAUCUGCCCUACCGGUUUCACCACCAUCACCACUACCCUGACCAGCUACUACUGCCCCGGCAACACUCCGGCCACCGCUACCGCCACUGGCCCUGCCGGUGUUGUCACUGGUACCGCUGAUGUGACCGCUCCUACCUCCGGCCCGGCUACCACCAGCCCCUCCAUCCCCGAGGGCUGGACCACCACCGUCACUGUCUGCACUGUCUGUGCUGCCACUCCUACCACCGUGACUCUCACCCUGCCUCCUGCUCCUACCACCACUGGUGUUGCUGCUGAGACCACCCCUGCCUCCGUUCCCCAGGGCUCCACCACUACGGUUUCUUUCUGCAAGACUUGCGGCCCUACUGGUAGCACUAUCACUGUUACUAUCCCCGUUGCCACUGCUCCUGCCACUGCCACUUCCACCACUUCCUCCCAGGGCUCCGGUGAGGGUUCCAGCGCCGGUUCCAACCCCGGAGCUGGUUCCUCUAGCCAGGGUGAGGGCUCCAACACUGGCUCCAACACUGGCUCCAACUCUGGUUCCAACUCUGGCUCAUCCGGCCAUGGCUCUGGCUUCGGCUCCGGCUCCAGCCCCGUUGGACCCGCCUCUUCUUCCAAGCUCAUCUCCAGCACCCCAGUUGCACCCGUCCGCGCAGCCCAGACUUCGUCGACUCUGGCCUUCCGCCCCUCGACCGUCGCAACCAACACACCUGUGGCUCCCACCAGCACCGGAAACCCCGAGGGCGUUUCCCCUGUCUACACUGGUGCCGCCUCCAAGGUCACUGGUGUUUUCGGCUCCCUUGUCGUCGUCGCUCUCUCCAUGUUCGUUCUGUUGUGA